CGUGCACGUUGUCGCGCCGCUUGACUUGUAGUCUUAUUGUGAAAGUGUGAGAGCGGACGUAGAGGCUGAGGCUCCGUGCUGAGUGCAGGUUCAGAUGUCGACCAUCACUCCCGAUAAAGCGCCUCAUCUGUCAAAGGUUUGGAUCGCACUGAGGCGGUUCGACAGAAACGAUGAAAGAGUGGUGGCUCUUCGAGAAGUGUCCUUUCCUUCAGCCACUGAUACCACCAUGAUCAUACAGAUUCUCACCAAUACCUUUGGGCUGAACACUUCUAAUGUUGUAUUCAAGAUAAGGAACCACCGUGGCUGUCUGAUCCCCCUGAACAGCUCCAUCCCUGCUAACAGCAAGCAUGUACCUUACGUGCUUGAGGUAGCCAAGAUUUUUCAGCAUGUGCAACCCAGGCCCAGAACCAUUCCCAUGAUUGUUAUCAACAAGAGCAUGAAGACCAGACUGCAGACUAUUGACAGGAGGAUUCAGAGACUGAACGACCUUCUACCUCAGAUCAAACUCAGGCACAAUGAAAAGCUCAGCCAGGAGAUUGAAUGUCUCAGCCAAAAGUUGAAGUUUCUCCAUAAGAGAAUGCAGGUGGCAGAUUCUCACAGCUGGAAAGGCAUGCUGACCAGAGCCCCUCUGUGGUAAACAUCCACAUUUCCGGCAGACAGAUCGCGGCCCUACGUCAAGCCUUGUUUACAGUGUGUUCACCCACAUCUGUCAUUCAUGUUGAGAUUUCAAACACAUUCGGUGGUCAACCUGGUGGGAAUCUGGACAGAAUAUCUUCUUUAUACAUUCAAAUCACACACUCAUCUCUCUGACCUUCAGGGUAUAGCUAAUAGAGUAAUUACAAUACUGUGCUUUUCUGUACAGCUCUACUGAAAAUGUAGUGAAAAAAUCCCUGUCACCUCGGUGUAAUUUAGUUAUAGCAUACAGUAAAGCACCAAAUACUUUGUUCUCAUGCCACAUUUUGAUUUUUAGUGAACCAUUAUUUCACCAAUAGGUUUCUUCUGGCUGGAAAUGGCAUAAAUAAAACAGUAAGAUGUUGUGUUAAAGGUGUUAAUGGUGAAUCUUAACUUUUUCUAUGUUUUUGUUUAAAUUAUUAUUCUUAAUU